GUCUCGAACCUGUUACAAGAACGAUAACUCGUGUUAAUAAGCAAUGUCAAAAAUAAGCACUUGAUGUCGAGGAUGAUUCUCUAUUUUCAUUGAGACAAUACAUACUACAGUAACGCAUCACUCAAACAAAAGAAACACCGCAUUGGAAUAGGAAGACUUAGAUGCAUAAAAUAGCUUAAAGGCACGAAAAGGUAGUUGACGACACCUUGAAAUCAUAACCAGAUAUGGCUUACUGUCAAGAAUAUGACCCGAAAGACUCGAACAACGAUAGUGACUUUUCCGUCAGUUAUAAAUCCAACAAGAUUUUGGUGGCAGCCAUUGAUUUUGGAACUACUUUUUCCGGUUACGCUUUUUCUUUCAAGUCUUGGUUUGAAACCGAUCCUAAUAAGAUCGUUACCAAUUCGACAUGGGUAGCUGGACAGAAGAAUUUGAUAUCAUUAAAAACACCAACAUGUAUCUUGUUACAACCUAAUAAAUCGUUUCACUCUUUCGGAUACGAAGCGGAGGAGAAGUAUGCAGAGCUAGCUUUAGAGGAAGAACAUGAAGACUGGUACUUCUUCAAGAGAUUUAAAAUGUCCCUAUUCAAUAAUACAACUUUGUCAAGACACACUGAGAUACCAGAUGAUUCAGGGAACAAGAAGAUGCCGGCACAAAUAAUCUUUAGUCACGGGAUACGGUUUUUGAAGAACCAUCUUGUAAAACAUCUUGAAUCUAGUCAUACAGGUCUAAAUGAAAGUGAUAUUCACUGGGUGCUCACUGUACCAGCGAUCUGGAAUGAUAGUGCUAAGCAGUUCAUGCGAGAAGCCGCUUCGCAGGCUGGAAUAAAAGACACUCAUUUGAUGAUUUCCUUGGAACCAGAGGCCGCAGCCAUGUAUUGCAGAAUACUUCCGGUGGAAAAGUUCGUUUCCGGUGGUGGCGGUAACUUGGGAGUUUUCAAACCUGGUUCAAAAUAUAUGGUUGCUGAUCUAGGCGGUGGCACUGUGGACAUAACUGUACAGGAAGUUCUGGAAAAGGAUAAUCUGAAGGAACUUCACAAGGCAAGUGGCGGGGCAUGGGGAGGGACAAAAGUAGAUGAAAAUUUUAUGCAGAUGAUCGUAAAAGUUGUCGGUGAGCCAGUUAUACAAAGGUUCAAGUGCGAUAGCAAAUCUGACGAACUUGAUCUUCUUCGGGAAUUUGAGAUCAAGAAACGUUCUAUCCGCCCCGAUGCCACUGGUAAAACUGCAUUCCGAAUACCUAUAUCUUUAACGGAAGCUUUCGAAGAGAUAAAUAACGGCGCCGACUUGAGACAGAGCAUCAAGCAGACGCCAUAUGCAAAACACAUGAACUGGGUCGGGGAUAAGUUAAAAGUGGAUAAUGCGAUGAUUAAAGAACUUUUUACCAAAGUUUCCGAUAGUAUCGUCCAACAUUUAAAAGAUAUUCUAAACAAUCCUGUUAGUCGAGGUGUCGACACCAUUUUGAUGGUAGGGGGCUUCUCAGAAUGUGCAAUGAUACAGGAAGCAAUCAAGACAAACUUUUCUCAUAUGAAAAUCAUCAUUCCGGAAGACGCUGGUUUGGCAGUGGUGAAAGGAGCAGUAUUGUUUGGUCACAAUCCCGCCACAAUUGUUUCUCGGAAAGCGAAGUAUACAUAUGGAGUCAAAAUAACGCGAGACUUCAAAGAAGGUGACCCACAAGACAAAAAAUAUCAAGUCAAUGGAAGAAACAAAUGUAGUGACGUCUUUUCAAAACACGUGGAAAUAGGUGAAACGGUCAAGGUUGGGGAAUCUUUAAAUCCGCAGUCAUAUUUUCCUCUGCACAGCGACGUUGAAGAAGUCGUGGUUCCCCUAUAUAUCUCUACCGAUGAGGAUCCAAGCUAUACAACGGAACCGUCAUGUAACUACCUAGGAAAGAUUGUAGUACCUCUGAAAGGUUCAUCUGUGAAGGACAAAGAAAUAGUCGUUCAGAUGACCUUUGGAGGGACCGAGAUGACAGUAGAAGCCGAAGAAAAGAAAUCAAGCAAAAAGUUAAGAGCCAAAUUUGAUUUUCUUGAUCACUGAAGAAAUUUUUAUUCAAUUUUUGUCUUGUUUGUACACCUAUUUUUUAGUUUGGGUUCGGGUUUAACUCCAGUGAACAUAUUAAACAUUUAACAUUUUAACUGUAACCUCAUUUAAUUAUUAAUAUAGUACACCUACGAAUUAAGCGACGAAACCUGUUUAAAAGUGUUACAAGCUAUAUUUUUUUGUAGAUUUUGAACUCAAUUUCUAUGAAAUAGGAUUCAUGGUUUGCUUUAUAUUUGUUUGUUUAAAGUUACAAUAACUGCAGAGUAUUGUUUUGUUUGAAUUAAACUCUGUUUCGGAGGUGUUUUUAUUGACCUCAGGGCUCUCAUUCGUUUAAAUUCGAUCAAUUUCGUUCUUCCUUCAAACGGAUAGGAGAGGAGCGGAAUUACUCGAUGAUUGUCGAUUUGAGGCUCUGUGUUUUUAUGAUGUCCCUUUAGAUCAUGUCUUAGACGAAAGAGAUGUGCAGUUUUGGAUAAAACCUGGGCUUUUCUCUGACAUCUAAAACAUAUUGCUAAUGUUAAUUAAUGUACGUAAUAUAAACAAUGAUAAUUGUAAUGAUUUUAUGGUUCUGAUCCUGCCUGGAAUUAAAUGUAUAUGAUUUUUUAUAGAAUGAAGAUAAUAACAUCUGUCUGGACUUUUUUAAUGUUUCAUUUUAGUUUAUAAAAAGUGGUUUUUUUUUGUUACAAAUCCUGAUGUAUUGUUUUAUGUAUACAUGUUGUGCUGCCCAUCAAGGGCCCUUAAUUGAAAUAAUAAAUAUUCUUAUUCUAACUUAUUCUUUAUGCGUGUAUCAGAAAUAAAAAUGCAUUAUACAUUUAAGAAAUUUAAGAAAUUUUUAGAAUAGCAUUUCGCCUAUUUUUCUACAAAAUACUCUAUUCUAGGCAGCCGUUUUAGAAUACACCUUUCGUUUGUUUUACCUGUUUUGUAUUUUAGAUAACAUAUUUUUUCAGAGUUUUUAUUAAAGUUUGUAUUAUAUUUCAUUUAGUAUUUAUAGUAAGAGAAAAUAAAAAAGAAAAGAAUUAGAAUGAAUAAAAGAUGGAUUCCCGAAAUUAGUCUGUGAUACAUUGUUAUUUUACAUUUGUGUUCCUUUUAUCAUGUCAAUUGUAUGUAUAUGUAACUUUUAUAAAUAUGAAUUGAAUUUAGAUUAAAUGUAAUGUACUUA